AUGUCAGAAGCCAACGUACAGCUGGACUGCACCGUGUACGCUGUGUUCAUUGCCUCUGAGGAGAGCCCUACGCCUGGCGUGGGCGUGGAUGUGAUGCUGGAGAAGGGCGAAUUGGACAUGAUCAAGACUGGUCCCGUAUGUGACGUUUGUGUGACAUUUACGUGA